AUGCUUGGGUUGGGUGCGGAACGGUUGCGAGCCGACAUGAAUCGUCUGCUCGCUUUGCUCUUCCACCAGGGAGUGCUGGAUGAGCAGUUCUUGCAGCUUCAGCAACUUCAAGAUGCAACCUCACCAAACUUUGUCUCUGAGGUCGUUAACAUCUACUUCAAUGAGUCCGAGAAACUCUUGAGAAAUCUCAGAGGAUUGCUGCUGGAUAGAGAGUUCUCCGACUACAAGAAAAUGGGAAUCCAUUUAAAUCAGUUUAUGGGGAGUAGUUCAAGCAUUGGUGCCAAAAGAGUCAGAAAUGUAUGCGUUGCCUUUCGCGCAGCUUCCGAGCAGAAUAACAGACCUGGGUGCUUGAGAGGUUUGGAGCUGCUGGAACACGAAUAUUGUUAUCUCAAGAACAAACUACACGAACUGUUCCAUCUAGAGCAGCAGCGACUACUGGCAGCUGGAGUCAGGUACCCCAUGCAGAAUUGAAGCAAACCACAACUACAGUUCCUUCUUGGGCCCUAAAAAUCUCUCUCAGCUCCACGAAGCCAAGCUUACCCACCAAAAGCACAGGAAAAGCACAAGACACCAAUUUCACCUGUCUUUAAUGUGGAGUGAUGC